AUGAGGACUUGGCAGCAGCGAGUGGCCUUCACUUUCCAGCACCACAGCAUCACGCAGCCUGCACACUCCGGCAUCACACCAACAUACCCCGGCACCACACUAACACACUCCGGCACCACACUAACACACUCCGGCACCACACUAACACACUCCGGCACCACACUAACACACUCCGGCACCACACUAACAUACCCCGGCAUCACACUAACACACUCCGGCAUCACACCAACACACCCCGGCACCACACUAACACACUCCGGCACCACACUAACACACUCCGGCAUCACACCAACAUACCUUGGCAUCACACUAACACACCCCGGCACCACACUAACACACUCCGGCAUCACACCAACACCUCCCCGGCAUCACACCACAACACCCCGGCAUCACACCAACACACCAACACACCCCGGCAUCACACCAACACACCCCGGCAUCACACCAACAUACCCCGGCAUCACACCAACACACUCCGGCAUCACACCAACAUACCCUGGCAUCACACUAACACACUCCGGCAUCACACUAACACACUCCGGCAUCACACCAACACACUCCGGCAUCACACCAACACACUCCGGCAUCACACCAACAUACCCUGGCAUCACACUAACACACUCCGGCAUCACACCAACAUACCCCGGCAUCACACCAACACACUCCGGCAUCACACCAACACACCCUGGCAUCACACUAACACACCUCGGCAUCACACCACAACACCCCGAUAUCACACUAACACACUCCGGCAUCACACCAACACACCCUGACAUCACACCAACACACUCCGGCAUCACACCAACAUACCCUGGCAUCACACCAACACACUCCGGCAUUACACUAACACACCCUGGCAUCACACCAACACACUCCGGCAUCACACUAACACACUCCGGCAUCACACCAACACACUCCGGCAUCACACCAACACACUCCGGCAUCACAUCAAGACACUCCGGCAUCACACCAAUACACUCCGGCAUCACACUAACACACUCCGGCAUCACACCGGGAAAUACUUCGUUUGGCGUGUCAUGA